AUGACCGAAAGUUCACCCGAGGAUGCAAAUUCUAAACGAAAAGAUUUCAUUUGCGGCGUAGUUGAAGGCUUUUACGGACGUCCGUGGACUACCGAACAAAGAAAAGACCUCUUCCAUAAAUUAAAGAAAUGGGGAAUGGAUAUGUAUGUUUAUGCACCCAAAGAUGAUUAUAAGCAUCGGGCUUACUGGCGGGAACUAUAUACAGUGGAAGAGGCGGAGCAUCUCUCAUCCCUUAUAUCAGCAGCUAAGUCGCAAGGGAUUACAUUCUGUUAUGCACUUUCUCCCGGCCUUGACAUCACUUACAGCAGUCAAAAAGAGAUCACUACUCUGAAAAGGAAACUGGAACAAGUGUCGCAAUUUGGCUGCACUUGUUUUGCCCUGUUGUUCGACGAUAUUGAACCUGAGAUGAGCGAGGCAGAUAAACAGAUUUUCCAGAGUUUUGCUCACGCUCAAGUCUCCGUCACAAAUGAGAUCCACCAACACCUUGGCUGUCCCCGCUUUCUGCUGUGUCCCACACAGUACUGUUCCACAAGAGCAGUGCCCACUGUCAACAGCUCCGAAUACCUGAUCACCCUCGGGACUAAGCUCUCACAACAGAUUGAUAUUAUGUGGACUGGACCUAAAGUUAUAUCGAAGACACUCACGACGGAAUGCAUAGAGGAGAUCACGCAAGUGCUGAGGAGGCCACCAGUCAUAUGGGACAACUUGCACGCGAACGAUUACGACCAGAAAAGGAUCUUUUUGGGCCCCUACUGCGGCCGCUCGCCGGAACUGAUCCCGCUGCUGCGCGGCGUGCUGACCAACCCCAACUGCGAGUACAACGCGAACAUGAUCCCGAUCUGGACCCUGGCGCACUGGGCGAGCUGCAGCCUCGACGCGCCGGCGCACAUGGAAGCCGUAUCCUGGGACAUCAAGCUCGAGCGCGAAGGGGAGCAGGGCGUCUGCGAGGACGAGCCACCUUUGACCCUGGGCAAGCACGUCUACCACCACCGACAGGCGUUGAGACAAGCAAUCAACGAAUGGCUUCCAGAGUUCUCCAUUCCGAAGACAGCUCAAGGGCCAGUCAUUAAACCUCAGCCACCCGUAAACGUGCCGCCGGCGGCGAUAAUCCCGAUCCUGCCGUCGGUGAACACGUGCAUGUCGCUGGUGACCGGCACCAGCACCACGUGCACCACCAGCACGUGCGACAUGGCGCCCCACGUCCCCACCAUCCCCACCAUCCCCACCAUCAACACCAGCCAGCUGCAGGCGCUCGCAGAGGUCUGCUCGGCGACCCCCGACAGGCCGAUACUCUCCACCGGGAUAUCGCCGAUCGAGACGUUCAAUCCGGUCUCCAAUCCCGUGAUGAACUCGCUAGUGUCGCCCACCAAGGUGAUACUGAACGAGUCGAUACCGAACCCUAUAAUACCGAUGGCCAGUUCGAAUAUGGCGCUGCCCUCGGAGAUACCCGUCUCUACUCUGCCCGUGCCUAUCAUGGGGCUGAAGGCGCUCGAAGGUCAGAAAGCCCUGGAGCAGAAGGUGGACCAUCCGGCAGAGGGCGCCCCCGGGGGCAGCUUCGCGGAGGACGUGCAGAAGACCAGGGACGAGGAGGUGGAUCCGAUCGUCGUUGACGAGGCGGAACAGUCGGUGGACGCGCAGAGGAACGGCGAGAUGAGUGUAGGAGACACGCCGCAGACGCUGAGCCCCAGCCGCCCCUCGGCGCCGUUGGCGGGCCUGGAGCCCCUGGAGCCCCUGGAGCCCCUCGACGUGGACCCGCCCUCCACCGCCGCCACAGACUCAGACGUCGUCAUGAACGACGGCCUCAGCGAGAAUGGCUCUAUGCAAGUCGAGCCGAGCAACAGCCCUCUUAGCGGCGAUAUGAUGGUGGAGCCAACGGAACCCACAGAUGAGGCCGGGGGCGAGGGCCCGCUGACCGCCGAGGACCUGGUGCUGCUCUGCGACCUGUUCUACCUGCCGUUCGAGCACGGCUCGCGCGGGCUGCGGCUGCUGCACGACUUCAACUGGCUGCUCGCGCACGCCGCCAGCCUGCUGCCGCGCCCCGACAACGCCGAGGUGCGCCCCGUUCGCUCCGCAUUUGCCCCGUGUUCGACCCGCGUUCGCUUCGCGCUCGCCCCGCGUUCGCCCCGCGUUCGCUCCGCGCUCGCCCCGCGUUCGCCCCGCGUUCGCCCCGCGUUCGCCCCGCGCUCGCUCCGCCUUCGCUCCACGUUCGCACCUCGUUCGCCACGUCUUCGCCUCAUGUUCGCCCCGCGUUCCCCCUGUACUCGGUCUAUUCUGCCCGUGUUCGCUCUACGGGCCGGCCCCUCACGCAGCGGUGCGUUGCAGAGCGGCGAGUGGCGGCGGCGGCUGCGGCGCUUCUACUGGUGGGCGGGGCGCGCGCGGCGGCUGUCGCGCCGCCUCUCGGCCGCGGCCAACCGCGAGCUGCACGCCGAGCUGCACCCCUACCUGUGGGAGCUGUGCGCCGUGCUGGCGCUGCUCGUCGGCUUCCUGCGCUGGCUGGAAUUGGGCAAGUUCCCGCAGAAUAUUGCGUCCAACAUUCAGGGGAGUUACACGUGGUUCUCUAAGGGGUGGCGCGAGGCGUUCGAGAGCGGCGCGCAGGAGCCGUGGGUGUUCCGCGGCGGGCUGACGGCCGAUCUGCGGCGGCUGCUGGCCGUCGAGUGCGGCGCCGACCUGCUGCGCCCCCUGCCCGCGCCGCCCGCCCCGCCCCUCGCGCUGCGCCCCUACCGCGCGACCGACGAGCGCAAGGUGAGCGCCGCGCACGCACGCACACUCGUGCAUCUUAUCACUCGCGUGUGCACCCCACGCACACUCAUGCGUCUUACGCCCCUCGCGCUGCGCCCCUACCGCGCGACCGACGAGCGCAAGGUGAGCGCCGCGCACGCACGCACACUCGUGCAUCUUAUCACUCGCGUGUGCACCCCACGCACACUCAUGCGUUUUACGCUCCUCGCGCUGCGCCCCUACCGCGCGACCGACGAGCGCAAGGUGAGCGCCGCGCACGCACGCACACUCGUGCAUCUUAUCACUCGCGUGUGCACCCCACGCACACUCAUGCGUUUUACGCUCCUCGCGCUGCGCCCCUACCGCGCGACCGACGAGCGCAAGGUGAGCGCCGCGCACGCACGCACACUCGUGCAUCUUAUCACUCGCGUGUGCACCCCACGCACACUCAUGCGUCUUACGCCCCUCGCGCUGCGCCCCUACCGCGCGACCGACGAGCGCAAGGUGAGCGCCGCGCACGCACGCACACUCGUGCAUCUUAUCACUCGCGUGUGCACCCCACGCACACUCAUGCGUCUUACGCCCCUCGCGCUGCGCCCCUACCGCGCGACCGACGAGCGCAAGGUGAGCGCCGCGCACGCACGCACACUCGUGCAUCUUAUCACUCGCGUGUGCACCCCACGCAGAUUCAUGCGUAUUACGCCCCUCGCACUGCGCCCCUACCCGGCGACCGACGAGCGCAAGGUGAGCGACGCGCACGCACGCACACUUGUGCAUCUUAUCACUCGCGUGUGCACCCCACGCACAUUCAUGCGUCUUACGCCCCUCGCGCUGCGCCCCUACCCGGCGACCGACGAGCGCAAGGUGAGCGCCGCGCACGCACGCACACUUGUGCAUCUUAUCACUCGCGUGUGCACCCCACGCACACUCAUGCGUCUUACGCCCUCGCGCUGCGCCCCUACCGCGCGACCGACGAGCGCAAGG